AUGGGUGACUUGCCUGCGCCCCGAGUGACGCCAGGAAGACCAUUCCUCCAUACUGGCGUCGACUACGCCGGACCCGUCUGGCUGCGAAGUGCCAAAGGCCGCGGGCAAAAAUCUUCUAAGGCCUUCAUUGUCGUUUUCAUCUGUUUAGGUUCCAGGGCCGUCCAUCUUGAUGUCGCCUUGGACUACUCGGCCGACGCCUUCUUGGCAUCCUUGCGUCGGUUCAUCGCUCGGCGAGGUGUAUGCCAAACGCUAUACAGCGACUGUGGGACCACCUUCAUAGGCGCCGACACGCAACUCCGAGACUUAUUCGCAGCCACAAACCCUGAAGGCCGUCGCAUCGCCUCCUUCGCUGCUCAGGAACAAAUUCAGUGGCGGUUCAACCCGCCGGCUGCGCCCAACUUCGGUGGCAUCUGGGAAGCGGCAGUCAAGUCAAUGAAGCACCAUCUUCGCAGAGUGAUAGGAGAAGCUACACUCACCUACGAGGAGAUGGCCACUCUCCUCUCCCAGGUCGAGGCUUGCCUCAACUCUCGGCCGCUGCAACCGCUGACCGACGACCCGGAGGACUUCAGCGCGCUGACGCCCGGCCAUUUCUUCAUCGGCUCCGCGCUCUCCGCCGUCCCCGAACCGUCGCUGACCGAGGAAUCGUCGUCGCGCCUCUCCCGGUGGCAGCUUCUACAAAAGAUGAAAGAUCAUUUCUGGUCUCGAUGGUCUCGCGAAUAUCUGCACACGCUGGCUCAUCGGCCGAAAUGGUUCAAAAUAAACCGGGAAGCUCGCGUCGGUCGACUUUGUUUAAUCCGUCACGAAAUGACUGCUCCAACGAGGUGGCCUCUAGCGCGCAUCACCAAAUUGCUCUCCGGAGCCGACGGACACGUUCGCGUUGUCGAGGUCCGCACCGCCACCACUGUCUUGACCCGACCCGUUAGCAAACUCGUUUUCCUUCCCGACGCUGACGAACUGCCACCUAAAACCCAAAGCGAUUAG